CGUUCCAGGGAAGAGCGAUGGCGACGAAAGCCAGGGCCCUUUACAACUUCCAGAGCGAAAACAAGGAAGAAAUCAGCAUCCAGGAGAACGAAGAGCUGGUGAUCUUCAGCGAGAACUCGGUGGACGGCUGGCUGCAGGGGACAAACAGCCGGGGGGAGACGGGCCUCUUCCCUGCGUCCUACGUGGAGAUCCUCCACUCCAGGUCAGCCUCAACGUAUACAGAUAAUUCCAACAGCCCUGGUGGGUCGCCCUCAAACGGGUCGUCCUUCUACGGGUCCCCUUCCAACACCAGCGUCUCCCACCAGGGAAGCUUCGAAGAUGACGAUGAUGACGAUUGGGAUGAUUGGGACGACGGGUGUACGGUGGUGGAAGAGCCCCACGGCGGAACGAGCACCAACGGGCAUCUUUCCCCCAACCUUCAGCACCCCCGGCCGUACCCGCACCCAAACAACAUGGGCUACCGUCCCAAGCCUUCUCUAGAGAGGCAGGACAGCCUAGGCGCUUCCAAAAGGGGCAGCGUCGUGGGGCGGAACCUGAACCGCUUCUCGUCCUUCGUCCGGUCCGGCGUGGAGGCCUUCAUCUUGGGCGAUGUCCCCAUGCUGUCCAAGAUCCCCGAGGCGUACUACAUCGACAUGGGGGCCAAGGGUCCCCAGUGGCGGCCCAACCCCCACCCGCUGAUGUGCUCGGUGGAGGACCCCACCAAGCAGACCAAGUUCAAGGGCAUCAAGAGCUACAUCUCCUACCGGCUGAUGCCCACCAACAGCGGCUCGCCGGUCUACCGGCGCUACAAACAUUUCGACUGGUUGUACAACCGCCUCCUCCACAAGUUCACUGUCAUCUCUGUGCCGCACCUGCCCGAGAAGCAAGCCACGGGGCGCUUCGAGGAGGACUUCAUUGAGAAGCGCAAGCGGCGGCUGAUCUUGUGGAUGGACCACAUGACCAGCCACCCCACGCUUUCCCAGUACGAGGGCUUCCAGCACUUCCUCAACUGCCGUGACGACAAGCAGUGGAAGAUGGGCAAGCGCCGGGCGGAGAAGGACGAGAUGGUGGGGGGCAGCUUCCUGCUGACCCUCCAGAUCCCCACGGAGCACCAGGACCUCCAGGACGUGGAGGACCGGGUGGACACCUUCAAGGCCUUCAGCAAGAAGAUGGACGACAGCGUCAUGCAGCUGACCAACGUGGCCUCCGAGCUGGUGCGGAAGCACGCGGGGGGCUUCCGCAAGGAGUUCCAGAAGCUGGGCAACGCGUUCCAGGCCAUCAGCCACUCCUUCCAGAUGGACCCGCCGUACAGCUUGGAUGUGCUCAACGGCGCCAUCUCCCACACGGGCAGGACCUACGAGACGGUCGGGGAGAUGUUCGCCGAGCAGCCGAAGAACGACCUUUUCCUCAUGUUGGACACGCUUUCCUUGUACCAAGGACUCCUCUCCAACUUCCCAGAUAUUAUUCAUCUCCAGAAAGGUGCGUUUGCCAAGGUGAAGGAAAGCCAGCGGAUGAGCGACGAAGGGAAGAUGGACCAAGAGGAGGCGGACGGGAUCAAGAAGCGGUGCCGCGUGGUGGGCUUCGCCCUGCAGGCCGAAAUGACCCACUUCCACGAGCGGCGGGUGUCGGACUUCAAGAAGAUGAUGCAGUCGUACCUGAAGCAGCAGAUCCUCUUUUACCAGAGGGUCAGCCAGCAGCUGGAGAAAACUUUGCGGAUGUACGACAACCUCUAGUC